GCGUUCGUCCCGCGCUCGCAGCCAUGUCGGGGAGGCCGGAGGACGUGAACCGGCUCACGGAGAGCACCUACCGGAAUGUCAUGGAACAAUUCAACCCUGGUCUUCGAAAUUUGAUAAACUUAGGAAAAAAUUAUGAAAAAGCUGUUAAUGCUAUGAUUCUGGCGGGAAAAGCCUACUACGAUGGAGUAGCCAAGAUUGGUGAGAUGGCCACCGGGUCCCCCGUCUCAACAGAAUUGGGCCAUGUUCUCAUCGAGAUUUCCAACAUCCACAAGAAACUCAAUGAGAGCCUGGAUGAAAAUUUUCGAAAAUUCCAUAAGGAGAUUAUCCAUGAACUGGAGAAGAAGACAGAACUGGAUGUCAAAUACAUGAAUGCCACCCUCAAAAGAUACCAGACAGAGCACAGGAAUAAAUUAGAUUCCUUGGAGAAGUCACAAGCUGAACUGAAGAAGAUCAGAAGGAAAAGUCAAGGAGGACGAAAUGCUCUCAAAUACGAACACAAAGAGCUCGAGUAUGUAGAAACCGUUACUUCUCGGCAAAGUGAAAUCCAGAAGUUUAUUGCAGAUGGCUGCAAAGAAGCUCUUCUUGAAGAAAAGAGGCGUUUCUGCUUUCUAGUGGACAAACACUGUAGUUUUGCAAACCACAUACAUUACUAUCAUUUACAGUCUGCAGAACUGCUUAAAUCCAAACUUCCCAGGUGGCAGGAAACCUGUGGUGAUGCCACCAAAGUGCCUGAAAAAGUCAUGAACAUGAUAGAAGAGAUAAAGACCCCGAUCUCCACCCCAGUUUCUGGGACACCACAGCCUUCACCAAUGAUUGAGAGAAGCAGCCUGGCUGGGAACAAUUAUGACACCCUUUCUAAAUACUCACCAAAGAUGCCCCCAGCUCCUUCUGCCAAAGCCUACACCAGUCCUUUGAUUGAUAUGUUUAAUAAUCCAGCAACAGUCACACAGAAUUCAGAAAGGAUAAGUAAUUCAACAGACUCUGCUGAUGACCCCAGUUUGCAGCGGUCUGUGUCUGUUGCCACUGGACUGAACCUGAUGAAGAAGCAGAAAGUCAAGACCAUCUUUCCGCACACAGCCGGCACCAACCAGACUCUCCUGAGCUUCGCCCAGGGGGACGUUAUCACCCUGCUGGUGUCAGAGGAAAAGGACGGCUGGCUAUAUGGGGAGCAUGAUGGCACCAAAGUGAGAGGCUGGUUCCCAUCAUCAUACACCAAGUUGCUGGAAGAAGGCACAAAGGAUACCACGAGUGUACCCAAGCCAAGCUCGACCCCAGUGAGGAGCAUCAGCACCGUGAACUUAUCAGAGAAAAGCAGUGUGGCCAUCCCUCCACCCGACUAUGGGGAGGCUAUGUCUGAGCAGAGCACCGGUCCCAAGGCCACCUCUACUUUUAAAGGCCCAGUGCCCAAGCCCGAAGCGCCUCCACCUCCUAAUGAUGCCAACGGGAUCCCGAAGCCACCUUUCCUCAGUGGCGAAAACCCCUUUGCAACUGUGAAGCUCCGGCCAACAGUGACAAAUGACCGCUCAGCACCAAUCAUUCGGUGAACAGGCACAGUGACGCGCAGUAGGUUCCUCUAACCAUCUGCUUCAAAACAACAGGCCCACAUGCCUGGCCAUGGCCCACACCUGUCCCCAUCCCAUCCACCAUCCCUAACCCACCCUGCCUCACUCCCGCUGAAAUGUAGCUACUCCAGAAAUCAGCGCUUCUCUCCCUGCUGCCCGGAGAUGAAUGAGUAUAUUUAAUGAUCAACUUGAUUCUUUCCAAUAGUUCUCAUUCUGUUAAAAAACUGGCCAAUGUGCUUCCAAUCUGAGUAUCAAUGUGGAAAUAUCCUGAUUAUUUUUAUAGCUGAGUAAGGGCAGCCCCUGCUUCUGGCCAUCUGUGUGUGUGUUCUGAUGUAGUGUUACAUUCCUUAAAAGAAAAUAUCAUGUAAACUUGCAUCCUGUCAUGCAAAUCAUGAUUCUAAGCCAUAUAAAUUAUAAGAAUAUCUUAUAAAAUUUAAUUUUUUAACUUAAA